AUGCAGGGGGGCCCCCCUGCUGUCUUGGGGGGGCCCCUCCUGCUGCACUACAAAGUACCCUCUUCUUCCCUCCUUAAGGAAUGUGGGGUGAAACCAGGAGGGAGUGUACAUCCAUCAAUAGAAUGGCAAGAGGCAGGAGCACAAGUUGUACAAGAAGUUCAACAUUUUAUGAGUGUAGCCAACUUUAGUGACUCCAUAUACCGCCGGCUGCUAGAUGAAGAAGAAGCUGAGGAUACACCUCAACAUACGUCAGACCCGUGA